GAAGAAGAAUUAGAAGCCCAGAUUUCCUUCCUUCAAGGACAGUUGAAUGACCUGGAUGCCAUGUGCAAAUACUGUGCAAAGGUGAUGGACACACAUCUGGUAAAUAUUCAAGAUGUGAUAUUACAAGAAAAUUUGGAAAAGGAAGAUCAAAUUCUGGUUUCCCUGGCAGGAUUAAAACAGAUCAAAGACAUCUUAAAAGGUUCUCUGCGUUUCAAUCAGAGCCAGCUGGAGGCCGAGGAGAAUGCACAGAUUACCAUUGCAGAUGACCACUAUUGCUCCAGUGGCCAGGGCCAAGGCAACCAAAUUCUUGGGGCCACCAAACAGGCCUCUUCAGAAACACCAGGGCACACAGAUGGAGGGAGUUCAGAUGACUUCAUACUGGUUUCCAAAGAAGAUGAGGGGGGCAACAUGAGGGGGCCUUUCUCAGGCCAGGCCCAGCCUCUUCGCACCCUCAGAAGCACAUCUGGGAAAAGCCAGGCCCUAUCCUACUCCCCUCUGGUGUUCUCAGACCCACUGAUGGGUCCAGCCUCGGCUUCCUCCAGCAACCCCAGCUCUAGCCCUGAUGACGACAGCAGCAAAGACUCUGGCUUUACCAUCGUGAGCCCCCUGGACAUCUGACCAAAGCGGUCCACCUGCCUACUUGGUACCCCCAAGACUCCACAAGUGGAGAACCCUCUGAAGCCAGUGCUGCUUUCCCAGCAUGCAUUUGGCAUUGGUAUAGCCUGUUGGGCCCUUUAGAGAGAAACAAAUAAGGCCACAGAGCACAAUGAGCUAUGUUCACCAAAAUGCAGACAGGGCUUUCUCGCCCUUACUUGACCACCCCGCCCUUGCUCUGAAUUAGAGCUGGAUUAGAUAUCCAGCACCACACUGUCAGAGAAGACCAAAACCACAGUCAGAACCACUUUUCCUCCCCGCAACUAAGAGAGUCUGAUAGCUCUAUCAGUUAUACUCAGAAGGAGGAGACGGAGUUGGUUUCAAAUCUUCCUUCUCUCAAAGCAGCAGCCAUAGGAAAAUUGGUUGAUAUCAAGAAAGCUUAUUCUGUGGAAAUCCUUAUCUCAGCCAAUUUCACUCCUACUUUAGGAAGCCAAAUAGCAGAGCCAGGUACAAUAGAAUGAACUAUAAUGAGUGCAUUCCAGGGCUGGAAAAAACCCACUACUGACCUCUCAGAGUUACAAACAUCUUUAGAAGCAGGGUCUAAACUUAAGAAUCAUAUUUAGGUGUGAUGUGGGGUAGAUUCCUUGAUUGGUUAAAGAAUACAUUUAUAGUCCUCAGCCUGAAUACACUUUUGCCACACUGCUCCUCCUUAAACAACUGUUCUUCACCUUUGAGAAUCUUUUAAAGCCAGAGAACAAGGUCACUUUAAACCAGUUUUUGCUGUAUUGAUUGCAGAAGUUGUAAGAAUAUUACUAACCUUGAAUUGGGAAAUGUUACCCCAACUUUAAAAGGGGAUAAGCAUCUUUCAGACAGUCAAUUUUUCUGACCAAGUUUUUCUAGUUUCAGAGUUGGAUUUUUCUGUUAACUCAUUCCCACCCACAGAGACAGGGAAUUAGACAUGGAGUCCCUUCUGUGAGGAUCAGGUUUCCUAGAGAACAUUCCAGGUGCCAGAAGGAUAUUGGUUCCUACACAACCUACCCUUUCCAGAAGCCAGUGCAGGAGCUGCAGGGCCUGCUCUCAGCUGUGAGCUCUGCAUCUGGCCCCACUGCCAGGACCAGGCCUGCCAUGCCAUCCCCUUCCUGAGCUUCACCAGAGACUUCCCUCAGUGGGCAGCUCUGAGAACUGUAGCGGACACAAAGCAUCACACGAGCCAUUUCUCUCCUCCAAGGAGAAACUCUGCCCGGGACGGUGGGGACUGCAGAUGGAUGCAGGGCUCAGUUCACCUCCAUGGGAAAGAGCAGCCCAACAGUGGGACUGGCUCCCUGUACCUCUUCCCAGAGGAUGGUGGGGCCUCUGGGCAAUGGCAGUCUUUGAGUUACCUUUAAAUUAAAUAAAAAGCUAAAUAUGAAGGAACGCACACUAUUUAUGUCCCUCCCACUGAUAGCCAUGUAUUUCUCUGCAGACAAAUGUGAUAAUGACAUGAUUUCCCACUCCAUCUCCAAGAAAACGGUGAUGACUCUCUCCAGUCAGCUACCACAGAGGGGGUUCUAAUUAGCUCUGCAAUUUAUUCUAGAGGGAUCUCCUCUUGCCACAUCAGCAUGUAAGGUGAAUAACAACUGGUUUUGCCCGAUAACAGGGCUAGCUGGCCUCCCAUGAGAGAGAUUACUCAGCCAUUGCCCUAAUUAGCGCUCGCAGUUCCUCAUUCUGACUGGUCCUCUCUGCACCUCUAAGUUUCUGCCAGCAUAUGUCACCACUGACAACACUUUGUAAGCUCCACAGUGAGUUACACUGGCCCUGCACAGGGGUUGACAUUGGCCACUUUUCUCACAAAGGUCUUGGUUUAGGAAGGUGUUCUUAGUCCAAAGGUAGAAACUGUUCUGCCAGGGCCUUAGGACAGAGACCAGAAAGGACCACAGAGCUGGCCAACCCUUGCAGGUGGGCCACUGUCAUCUACUCACUCUAGCAUUUCCUCUGUCCUGAGAACUGGAGCCAUAGUUGAGUGUCAUUGGCAACCCACAAGACCAAGAAAGCUCUAGGCUGGUUCCCUGCCAUUGUUUGGGCAUUUAAUAGUUCCUAAAAUCCCCAGCUCUACCUGAAUGCUAGAAGUAGAUCCCCUCUACCCUGAGUUUCUGUGUUGGUGCCACAUGAGAGUCCACGGGUUCACUCAAAGGUGUUGCUUCUGUGACCCCAAUAAGCUCACUCCCUCCCCAGAGGAAAAACAGGAGGGGAGCAGGGCAUGGGCAACACAGGCCUCAAACCCCAGGGACUCAUAGUUACAGUGUGGUAGUAUCUUUUCUAUGUGACUUUUAAAAUUUUUUGUUGAGCAUCAUUUGCAUUUUUAUUAAUUACAGUGCUAUUAAAGAAUAUAUGUCUCUUUUUACUAUUUUAUCAAGUACUUAUGCUCAAUUGCACAUUUUUUAUCCUGAAUAUAUGAAGCCUUUUUCUUUAACAAUGUGGUAAUCAGUGGAAUCCUUCCCAUGGUGUGAUUAUUAACAGUCAGAUGCAUUUUUCACACGUUGAGCAUAGAUUAAUUCCCAUUGCCAUCUACUUUUUCAUGUCCCCUUGUUUCCUGUAUUCCUCUCUAAUCAGAUUGGAAAUCUGUGUUAAAACUUAUCAAUGUUACAUAUGAAAGUUACAGACUAGAAAAAAAGUCAUAAUUACUUUGCUUAUGUGUAUGCCAAGGGGUCACGUAACACUUUAAACAUUUAGUUAUUCUAGAUUACUCUUGCAAAGGUGACCUUCUGCUCAUGUUGAAUGCUAACUGCAAUCUGGAAAGAAAUAAUGGUAUUUCAGAAUGAUGGGACUCUAAAUAAGCCAGGCCCUCCCUGUGCUUUGCCUUCUUGCAUAUGACUGAGCUGAAUCUUCCAUCAGGCCUCAGAGCCCUAAAGAAGCCACACAGUGGGUACCACCCUCCACUGGAAGCACACUUACUCUGUCAGAAAUGCCAGAACAAAUAAUAGAAAAUGCUAUGAUGCUCAGUAGUCUCCUGAUGAUAACCUGUCACAGUCGAUUCAGACGUGUUGCUUUUAUUUUUAUUAUUUUAAGAAACUGCCCCCAGAGGUCAUUACAGAACAAAAGCAUAUGGAGGACUUAUGACCCUACACUCUGAGUGCUAUCCUGUGACCCUAAAGCCAGUUCCAUCCCUCCUCCCUCGUGGACACUGCCCUUGUGUCCAGAGUAGGAACCAUGGGGGAGCCAGGGGAAGAGGCAAGUGGACUGCGGACAGUGGUCAGCAAGCCAGGCUUCCUCUCACAGGCCAAAUCAGUUUCUAAGUAUUAGUGCUCAGAAGUCUAUUUUGUGGGAACAGAGUUCAUAUAAACAGGCUGCAGAUCACAUUGAGAAAAAAGUUGUCAUACGAACUUCUCUCACAACAGCACAAUUCACUUCUCUGCAGUGCCAUUUAUAUCCUGUCACUGUUUUCUCAUCUGUCUUCAUUGCUGUAAUGCAUAUUGAUUUAGGAAGUGAUCUAUCCUUUUGGCAAAACCAUCCCAUUCUAUAUGGUGACAAUAAAAGACUAAUGUGAA